GGAUGUCACGACUUCAAGAAUUUCUCGUCCCCUAAAAGCUUUUCUCGAUUUCUCUCCUUCUUUCACCAACUUCAACAAUGGCAGUGACUUUAUGCCAGCACGCGACCCCCCUUUCGCCGCCCCUGUGAUCUCCAGUUUUAACACCCCCUGUUGGGAGGUGGGUUUUUCCUCUUUCUCUCCCCCGCAGAUGGUAGACCCCGCGACUCAUGGCCCUCGCAAACCGAUUAGCCGAGUUCCAUCGCGAUUUAGAAACUCUCGGGCCUGCCCGCUACCGCUGUCGUUCUCGCCGCCAAGGGACCUUGGCUGCCGCUCCCGCGUGGCCGGACGAACGGCUCCGGCCGGGAUGUCGUACGUCAGGCAGGGCCCAGCCUGUCGAGCAGGGCACAAGGGUUGGCAGUCACGCGGGAGAGGACGAGCUGACAGCCGCCAAACGGUACGUGGCGUCGCUCUGACCACGGCUCUGGCCACGGACGUUGUAGCGUGCUGCGACGGGAUCGCCACUGCCUUCCACUUUGAGGCCAGCUCCCUGCUCGAUAAGAAGAUUGAGGGGUCAAGGUCGAGACUGGAGGAGGGGGCUCAACUUGAGUUCGACUAGCUCCACUCCAACGGCGCAAAAGCAUCGCAUGACGUGACAUCUGCCGCCGACCUUUUCCCUCGUGCCUGACCCCCCUGAUAUGGCGCGGGUGCUCCCGUUUUUGUGUGUGCACUUUAAAUUUGGCGGGAGUUUGACUUGGACAUGGAUGCCUGGGCUGGGUUGUGUAUGUACAGCAUUGAAACUAUAACCUCGCCUAGAGAAUUGCACGACCUAAUUAAGCACAAAGUCAUGUUGACAGCACCGA